AUGCUCCUCUCGAUGCUCGUGCUGCCCCUGGCCUCCGCCGCCAGCGCGCACCGCGCCCUCAGCGGCGACGAGGAGGCGCGCACGGACCGGGUCGAGUACCUGACGGGCUUGAACCCCAAGUCGCCGGAGGAGCCCGAGGAUGUGGUCACGGAGAGCUACGGCAUGGCCCUGGUCAACCUCGGUAUCACGGUCGCGAUCAUCGGCGGCGCGCUCAUCUUCCUCAGCUUCCUGUGGAAUCUCAUCCACUGCUGCCGGCGCUGCUGCUGCAAGUGCAGCUGCUGCGCGUGCGUCGACACGUGCACCAAGGGCAAGGGCGGCCGCUACCGCAUCCUGCUGCUCUUUACGCUCCUCGGCCUCGCGGCCUCCAUGACUUCCUUCAGCCACGGCGAGAAGACGCUCCAGGCCGGCGUCAAGAACGUCGCGGACGGUUUGGAAAGUCUGAGCGACCUCCUGAACCACCUCGACGACGUCAUCGGCGACAUGGCGGGCGCGACGGCGGACAUGACGUCCGCCGUCCACGACGUCACGUGCUCCGGCGGUGAGCUCGACGAGUUCAUGGACGAGAUCCGCGCGGUCAACGACACGAUCUACGACGUCUCGGGCAUCUUCGGGGACAUGCACGAGCCCGUGGACAACGCGGAGGACGCGGUCCGCGAGCACGGGCGGCGCUGGGUCGCCAUCGUCAUCCCCGCGGCCGUCGCGGCCCCCUUCUCGCUCUACCUCGUCCUCGCGCUCCUCGGCGUCGGCGCCAGCCGGUUCAGCAAGGCCGCGGGCGGCUGCUGCCUCAACCUCGGCUCGGCCUGGGCCGGCGGGCCGGGCCUGGGCGUCGCGCUACUCAUCUUCGCCGUGCUCUUCGUCGUGUCCAUCGCCAUCGCGGACGUGUGCUGGCUCGGGCCCGCGGCCGUGCUCACGCAGGACAACGAGGACAACAAGUACAUCGCGUACUACCUCAACUGCGAGGGCGAGAACCCGCUCGACGUCGACGUCUCCGCCAUGUCCGACGCCGUCGACUCGCUCGAACAAUACACGAAGGAUCUCGAGGCGCUCGGCGUCUGCACGGGGCUCGACAGCGCGGUCGCGACGAUCGGCGAGUCGCUCGACACGCUCGAGGACAGCGUCGACGAGAUCACGGACGAGGUGCUGAGCUGCAAGUACAUCCAGCCCAUCAUGGGCGACGUCGUCUACGACGGCCUCUGCGACAAGACCGUCGAGGGUCUCUACCAGGUCUGGGUCGUCGUCCUCGCGGGCGGCUGCUGCGUCUACGCGGCGCUGCUGCUCAUGCCCUUCGCGCUCGCGGCCUUCAACCAGCAGGGCGCCGCGCGCGUCGAUCCCGAAGCUCCGGCGCCGCAGGAGGCCGUCGCCGUCGCGAAGGUCGUCGGCGCGGGCGCCUCCGCGGGCUCGUACGUCGCCGAGGGCAAGGUCGUCGCGAAGCAGCCCGGGGACUACGCCGCCGGGGCGCCGGCGCCGGCCCUCCCAUAG